AUGAUCCUGGAGACCCAGGAUGGAGUCCCACAACAGGCUCCCUGCAUGGAGCCUGCUUGUCCUUCUGCCUGUGUCUCCACCUCUCUCUCUCUCUCUCUCUCUGUCUCUAAUGAAUAAAUAAAUAAAAUAUUAAAAAAAAGAACAACAUUUAGCCUCCAUCUUGCCAUGGUUGCAAGUGAUAAAUGAUGUGGAGCUGGGAUUGAGCCCACAGCCCUGUGCUGCCUGGCAACAGCUGGUACCCUGUAAUGUUGGCUUUUCAUCAUGGGUCUUUAUCCCAUCUCUCCAACUAAGUCAAGGUGUUAGGAAGCUCCUCUUACUCUCUAUCCUUCCAUAGCCAGCCUGUCAAUGAGCACGUACUGAUAAGUUCCUUCAGCUUCAUAACGUAGCCAGAAUAGGACACACUUAGGUGUCGCAACACAUUUAAAAAAUUAAUAUACUUCGGGCAGUCUAGGUGGCUCAGCGGUUUCGUGCCAACUUCAGCCCAGGGCAUGAUCCUGGAGACCCGGGAUCGAGUCCUGCAUCGGGCUCCCUGCAGGGAGCUGGCUUCUCCCUCUGCCUGUGUCUUUGCCUCUCUCUCUCCUCUCUCUCUCUCUUUGUGUCUCUCAUGAAUAAAUAAAAUCUAAAAAAAAAUGAAUGCCCAUGAGAAUGGACACUUGAGAAAAUAAACUCUUGCUCUUCCUCCUCACCCCUGCAAACCUGCUCCCCCCACACUCCUCUCUAUCUCCAUCAAUGGCAAGUGAACCUUCGUAGCUUGUCAACCUGAAACCUUAGAGUCACUCCUUCCUUUUUUUUCACACCCUAUUUCCAAUCCUUUGGCAAAUCUCGUUGGUUCUAUCUUCGAAUUCCAUCCAGAGUCCAUACCACCUCUACCGCGACCUCCCUGGUCUGUCCCCUGAAUCUUUAGAAUAGCCUCUGUUCGCAUCCCUUGAACAGCCUCUGCACUCAGUUUCUUCUCAAGAUAGCAGCUAAUGGAGCCCUUUGCCAUCUAGAUAGAUCACAUCGCUCCCUCCACUCAAAAACUUCCAAAUCUGAGCUUAACUCAGAGCAAAGUCCAGCAUCCUUGCAAAGUCCUACCAGGUCUCACGUUCCAUCAUUUCCUAUUACUUUCUCCUGGCCCCCUUUCUCUCCAGAGUCCCUAGAAUUCUCCUUUUCAUGGGAUUUUGCACAGUCUCACUCUCCCUGAAAUGCUCUUCCCUCGCGAUAUCAUAGCUAAGCUUGCUCAUCUCCUUCAAGUAUUGGCUUAAAUGUCACAAUAUUAGGAGGCUUCCUGUGACCACUCCAUUUAAGUGUAGGCACCAUCCCUCUCCCCAGGACACACUCACAUGCGCACACACACAGACACACACACACACCCCUCUCUGGCACUUCUUGUCUCCUUCCCUGCCUUAUUUUUCUCCAUAGCCUGCAUUACCGUCUAACACACUAAAGAACACACUUGGUUUGCUUGUCUAACUCUCCUAGAAUGUUUGCCCCAAAUGAAUAGGGAUUUUUGUUUCUCUUGUUCACCGCUGUUUCCCCCAGAGCCUAGCACAAAUCUGGCACAUAACAGAUGCUUAUUAAGUAUUUGUUGAAUAAAUCAGUUUGGCAAAGAUGAAAAAUUAGAUGGUACCGAUUGGUGGGGGGAUAGGGAAAUAGCUACUUUCAUAUGUUGCUGGUCAGAGUACAAAUUGCAAUCGCCUCCCCAGAGAGCAAACUGGCAAGAUGCAUUAAAAUUUAAAAAGGCAUCUUACCAAGACCCAGCAUUUAGCUGCCAAGCAUUUACUCAAUAGAUGUACAUGUCCAAACACAUGAUUCAAGGAUGCUCAUUGCUGCAUUAUUUUAAUGACAAAAGGCCAGAAUGAACUGAAAUGUCGGUAGAUGGGGGGGUCUGAUGGAAUAACAUAUGGGCAUCCGUAUGACUGCAUAAUAGAAAACUUGAAAUGACAGAGGAAGAUACCCACUUAUUGCUGUGGGACAGUCUCCAGGAUCUACUGAGUGGAACAAGCCAGGGUGCAAAUGUGUGCAGUGCACCACUGUUUGGAAAAAAAAGGGGGGGGGAUGUAAGCCCAGUACUUCCAAGUUCUACAAGCAUACAUAUAUACAUGAGUACCUAAAUAGCCCUGGAUAAUGGCAAGAAACUAAUGCUAAAGGUGGCCUGUUCUGAGGGGUCUAUUUUUUUUUUUUCUUAAGAUUUUGUUUAUUUAUUCCCGAGAGACACACAGAGAGAGGCCGAGACACAGGCAGGGGGAGACGCAGGCUCCCUGUGGGGAGCCUCAUGCGGGACUUGAUCCUGAGACCCCGGGGUCACGCCCUGAGCCAGAGGCAGAUGCUCAACCACAGAGCCACCCAGGCGUCCCUCCGAGGGAGUUAUUUAAGGGCUCGGGGGUUUGAAAACGACUAAAAAAAGAAAAGAAAAGAAAAAAAAAAAAAAAACCAUGGUGAAUAUAGUACUUGGAAAAAACCCGCUUCUGGGGGCGUCUGGCUGGCUCAGCCGGCGGAGCGUGGGCCUCUCGAUCCGGGUUUGGGUUUGGGCCCCCGGUUGGCGUGGAGAGGACUUAAAAAAUAAUAAUAAUAAUAAAAAAACUGUGAAAGGAAAGCAAGCCCUCGGUGCCGUCCUGCUUUUACCCCGCGGGGCUGGCCCGGUGGAGAAGGAAAGAACGGCCUCCACGGCGCUGGGGGCGGGGUGGGAGGAGGGCCUUAGGGCCUUUCCUUCCCGGGGAGCCAAGCCAAUAAAACGUAUGAAUGGAUGCGGCCCAGCCUCGUGCUGCGUGACCCCCCCCCGCCCCCCGGGCCGCCCGGCCGAGGUGCCCGCCGCCUGCAGUGCCCGCUUCCUCCUUAGGGCAGCAGCCGCGCGGCGCGGGACGCCGCCCCCCCGCCCCCCCCCCGCACCUGCGUCCGGGGAGUUAAAGACCCGGGGAGACGCGGCCCUAACGAGGCCCGGGGGCGGGAGGCGCGCGGCCGCGCAGCUCUGGCCGAGGGGACGUCCCGGCCUCGCCCGCGUCCCCGCCGCGGCGUGAUGCGCUCGGAGCCGGCCCCGCACCUGCACGCCGCCCCGCACCUGGACGCUGCCCCGCACCUGGACGCCGCCCUGCACCUGCACGCCGCCCCGCACCUGCACGCCGCCCCGCUCCGGCCGCUCCGCCCGCGGGGCUCGUCGCCGCGCAUGGGGCCGCGGGGCUGGCUGAGGACCGUGUGCUGCUGCUGCCCGUGCAGGUGCCUGGAGGAGCCCGGCGCGCCGGAGAAGGAGCCCCUGGUCCGUGAUGGCAAUCCAUAUUCUUCUUUUGGAGCAACUCUGGCGAGAGAUGAUGAAAAGAAUUUGUGGAGCAUGCCCCACGAUGUGUCCCACACAGAGGCAGACGACGACAGGAUCCUGUACAAUUUGAUAGUCGUUCGAAAUCAGCAGGCCAAAGACUCAGAGGAGUGGCAAAAGCUCAACUAUGAUAUCUACACCCUGCGACAGAUUCGAAGGGAAGUGAGAAAUAGAUGGAAACGCAUUUUAGAAGAUUUAGGUUUUCAAAAGGAAGCAGAUUCUUUGUUGUCAGUGACAAAACUCAGCACCAUCAGUGAUUCUAAAAACACAAGGAAAGCUCGGGAGAUAUUGUUAAAACUGGCCGAAGAAACCAAUAUUUUUCCAACAAGCUGGGAGCUCUCAGAGAGAUACCUCUUUGUCGUGGACCGUCUCAUUGCUCUUGACGCAGCAGAAGAGUUCUUUAAAAUUGCCAGUCGAACUUAUCCCAAGAAGCCUGGAAUCCCAUGCCUGGUAGAUGGCCAGAAAGAACUGCACUACCUUCCACUUCCAAGUCCCUAAAGGAGAGUCCAGGGGGCAGAAUUGGGAUCCCCCCCACUGGCACUCAGCAGCCAACCCAAGUUGGACAAAUGCAUAUGGAAGACAGUAAGCAAGUGGAGGCCUAGCUAAGUGAAAAAGGAGUCUAAAUCCUAUAAAAAAAAAAAAAAACGAGGGGUUUGGAUAUUUGGUCUUCAAGGGGAUGUUACUGUAAGAAAUACUUGGGUUGCAGUGAAACACCCUGGUGAUCUUGUAUCCGGGAGCUGGUCAGUGGGAUCUUUCCUACUGGGCGAUUAGAUUUCAAGAACCCAUGGUCCCCAUUUUGGUUUCGAUUAUACAAUAAGCCUAUUGGGAGAAUGGGUUCUUCUAGUUAAACAAACAAUAAGGUUGACAGAGCUAUCACUGAGCCCAAAUAUAGAUUACCGAAUUUUAAAUGAUUGUUCUAGGACGUAGGCUUAUCCCAAAAUAAUACCAGGCAUCCUGCGACCUUUCUUCGAUCUGGAAAAUCCUUCAGAACCUUGCAGGUGUCAGAGGCAUCAUCUCGAGUAUAAGUCAUGACUAUUCAGAGGUUCAGAUGUCGCAGAUAAUAGAAAUAUCUAGCAGUACUUCACAGAAGGGAGUUCCAGAUAGAUCGACGGCAGACGGAACUCCCUGAAGCUACAUGUUAAAAAGCUCUGUCUUCAGUGGUGGGACAGGCUCUCAAAUUCUCCACAUUAUCAAUACCUGGUUACCUCAUUUUUGCAUAUCGUCCAUUUCUAGACCACAGGCAGGCCCUUGGUAUGUUAUCUGGGAGAGCAUCUCCAAACUGCAAUGUUGGACCUCCACUUCCUUCUCUUCUCUUUAAUCUGCUUCUGGCCCAUGAGCCAAGAGUUGCACCUGCCCAGCGACCUGCAGUGCAGACUUGCAGCUCUGCGUGUGCGGGCAGCGUUGCGCAGAGAAGGUCAUUACUGGACUCUCUUCCAUUUGGAAGAGGAUUUUCAAGACGGAGCAAUGCUGCCAAUACAGUUCGCUUCUAGCCACAGACGGGGAAGUCCAGCCUCAGAAGUUAACUUGCCACUUGAGCAAGGAGCUUGCCAGGAAGAAAAUCAUGGUUUGUAUCAUCGAAAAGACUUCCAGGGCCUGUCAGGUGUGUAGGUAGAUUGCUGAGAACACCGGCAAUAUUUUUACUUCUACAGACUCUGCUCUUCUCUCUUCAGGUAAAAAGUAACUUGUGUUUAGUUUGUCCAGGGGACUGUGACUUGAAAACUGCUGGCCAGCUCUUAUGGUAGUGUACACAAUGUUUGAAAUAUUUGUUAGGGGAGAUAUGUGUUCUCCAUUUAUUGAUGCAUUGCAGACCAAUUUAACUGACCUUUUUCAGGAAAAUUCUUUCUAGUAUAGUAAGGAAGCUGAAAGUUUUAUUUUUUAUAUUUAAUGCUUAACCUCCCUCUCAUAUUGUUAAAAAUUAGCCUGCAGGUAAUUCCCCUCACUUCUGUAGGCUCUUGCGAGAUACCCGUACAAAGAGUGAAACAAGUAAACAAAAACAAAAACAGACAAAAAAAUAAACAACAGAUCUUUGAAAUUCG